UAUACUGGCAAUACUACACUUUCCGCCGUUUAGGUACUUGACGACUUUGCUUUGAAAACAUUGAAAACACUUCAAGUUAAUUUAUUGAACAUUUGUGUAGUGGUUUAUUUGAUACUUGUUUUUUUUUUACAAUGUAUUACAAAUUGGUGGUGUUAACUUUAUUAUCGAUGUUUAGUAAAGGUCUUGCAAUAUGGUGUUACCAAUGUACGUCAGCAACUCCUGGUUGCAUGGAACCAUUCAAUUGGCGCGGUAUUGGGUACCUCGGAAACCCUUGCCCUGACAGUGAAGAUAUUUGUGUAAAACUCAUUGAGAGGAAAGGAGCACAAGAAGUGAUCACAAGAGAUUGCCUGAGCAACUUUAAGGCGUUCAGAACUGACAUACCAGCUGACACUUAUGAGGGAUGCCGCACUGCUGCGAAAGAUCUGAACCUAGGACAUUACGUUAACAACUCUAUCAAGGAACUGGACAUUAAACGAGAUUGGUACGAUGAAACAAUUUGGUGUUUCUGCUUCCUGGAUCAUCGUUGCAAUGGCGCCUCAACAACAUACAUAUCAAUAUCAUUAUUAGUAAUAUCUAGUGUUGUGUUGUUUCAUAAGAUAAUUUUCUGAUAUUGUCCAACAAUUGGAGUUUUUUCAUGACAUUCCAGAUACUAAUAUACAAUGAGGAAAACAUGCAAUGCAAUCAAAUGUUACAAUUAUAUUUGUUUUACUUGACACAUCUAGGAUUGUAAUAUUUAAAUACAUCUCUACAAUUACAUUAUAAAUAUUGGAUAAAUUAAUAAGUACCUGAGAAUGUGACACAAGUUCCACCAUAUUUUUUAUUUCCAAUAAUAAUUAUAUAUGAUUUUUGUAAUGUAUUUGGAUCAGCCUUCCAUUUUUUUUUAAUAGUAUAUAUAGGUAAAUCAAUGUCUUAGUUAUGGUGCCUCAGGCAACAAAGUAAAGUCAUUGAUCAACUCAAGUGCCUUCAAACGAAAUAAAAAAAAAGUAUGAAAGUAUUUACAAUUAAUUGAAUUAAUUUAUACACUUAAAGUUAUUUUGGGAAAAAAUCUGGGUCAAUUAGAACAGCAGAGCGGGCCACAUGAAAAAGCUCCGCAUGCUGCAGGUUGAUUAUAGCUGAUCUAGAUGCUUUCUCAAGUUAUAGUUUGAACAUGCUUUAAAGGGAGAUGGAUGUGAAUUUUUUUACUCCACUUUAUAUCACAUUAUUUAAGGUUUUUAUAUACAUUUUCUUCCGUUUGUACAGUGCAAUUUAAGCAACCAUAUUCAUAGUGAGAUAUUUGUAAGAUAAAGAAAUAUCAGAAUUAUAAGAAUACAUAUAUUAUGGUAACAGAAAUUUCCGUCCAUUAGUUUAAGUUUAAAUGUGUAAAUGUAUAUACUGUUUCAGAAUUGCAAUAUUUAUAAUAUUUGUAUUAAGUACCACUUUUUGAAUCUCGCAGACAUGAGACUUAUUAUGUAUGUAUGUUAUCAAAAUAACUGAGAUAUUGUGAAUGUAUUUUUUAUUAAUAAUUUUUAUGUGAUCUAAUUAUGUAUGAAGGCUAAAAACACAUCAAUAUUAUGAGCUUUAGUAUAGUCAGUAAAUUAUAAUCAUCGCAUCAAAUAAUUCAGUUAGCAUAAUAUAAGUUCUAAUUGUAUGACAAAUAAAGAUUAUUCAAAUGACAAGUGUAAUAAAUUUAUUUUAAUAUA